AUGAAAUUCCACUACGUCCUCCCCGGCCUCAUGGCCAGCCUCGCUGCCGCCCACACGACAAUGACCAACCUCUUCGUCGACGGUGUCAACCAAGGUGAUGGUGUCUGCGUGCGCAUGCACAACGUCGCUGAGCUAUCCAGCGAGCCUGUCCCGAUCGACAGCUCCCUUAUGGCCUGCGGCCACAACGGCGAAACCCCCGUGUCCCGCACCUGCGGCAUCAAACCCUCUUCCAAACUCACGUUCGAAUUCCGCCAAAACGCAGACGACCCCCGCUCCGGCCCCAUCGCCCCCUCCCACCGGGGCCCCUGCGCCGUCUACAUGAAGCGCGUGGCUGACGCAACCGCCUCCGCUGCGUCGGGCGCCAACGCCGCGGCCGGACCCGGCUGGUUCAAGAUCUGGGAUCUGGAUUAUGACCCUGCGUCCGAGCAGUGGUGUACGCAAAUGCUGAUUGGGAAUAACGGGUUCUUGUCGGUGACUGUGCCGGAGGGAUUGGAGGCGGGUGAUUAUCUUGUGAGGACGGAGAUUUUGGCGCUGCAUGAUGCCGAUAAGAGUCCGCCGGAACCGCAGUUUUUUGUCGGCUGUGCGCAGGUGUUUCUGGAGGGUGGUGGGGAGGGUGGGGUGCUUGUUGAGCAGCCGGAGACUGUUUCGAUCUCGGAGGGCACGUACGAUUUGGAGGUCCCUGGGUUGACGUUCAAUAUCUAUGAGUCUGAUCCGAAGACGUAUCCCAUGUUUGGCCCGCCUGUGUUUCGGCCGAAGGAUGACGCCGCCCGGGUCGAGAGCGACCCUGUCAAGCAGAAGAACGGACUCCGUCUUGCUGGAUGUGUCCUUGAACGAGAUAACUGGUGUGCGGUCGAAGUGCCGGAGUACUCUUCUGAGAAGCAGUGCUGGGAGGCUUCCGAGAACUGCUGGGGUCAGAGCAAUGUCUGCUGGAGUACGCCCCCGCCGACGGGGAAUGCCGUCUGUGGGGUCUGGCAGGACCGGUGUCACCGGCUGGACGAGGAUUGUCAGUUCGGGCGUAUAUUAUUGCCUCCCCAUCCUAAGCUGGAGUAG